UCCCGCCCUCCCAGGCCCCGCCCCCGAGCCCUGGCGCUGGCCGUGGUGCUGAAACGCGCGCUCCACAGAGCUAGCCGGGCGUGGCCUACGACGGGGAGCUGGAGGUGCGGGCCGGGCGGCGGCGCAAGCCCAGACCUUGACCGACCUAGAGGAGGCCUCAGACCUGAGACCCUCCGCGUCUGGGGUGACACAGGGUCCUGGGAAGCGCCUUCAGCGAAGUCAAGGUUGACCUUGGCCUGCUGCGCUCCUGGCUAGCCCGGGGCACGCUCACACUGACCUCAGGCUGCUCUUCACACCAGGCUGGAGUGACCCACACCAGGCCCUGCUCCCUAGAGCUGUACACCCUCCACCAGUCAGUGCCCCUAUCCCAGUCCUGCGGCCUUCGCCAUGGUGAAGUUGCUGCCAGCCCAGGAGGCCGCCAAGAUCUACCACACCAACUACGUGCGCAACUCACGCGCCGUGGGAGUGAUGUGGGGCACGCUCACCAUCUGCUUCUCCGUGCUGGUCAUGGCUCUCUUCAUCCAGCCCUACUGGAUAGGCGACAGUGUGAGCACACCACAGGCCGGCUACUUCGGCCUCUUCUCCUACUGCGUGGGCAACGUGCUCUCGUCUGAACUCAUCUGCAAGGGUGGCCCUCUGGACUUCUCCUCUAUCCCCUCCAGAGCCUUCAAGACCGCCAUGUUCUUCGUGGCCUUGGCCAUGUUCCUCAUCAUUGGCUCCAUCAUCUGCUUCAGCCUGUUCUUCAUCUGUAACACGGCCACGGUCUACAAGAUCUGCGCCUGGAUGCAGCUGGCUGCAGCCACAGGCCUAAUGAUUGGAUGCCUGGUCUACCCCGACGGCUGGGACUCCAGCGAGGUACGGCGCAUGUGUGGUGAGCAGACGGGCAAGUACACACUGGGCCACUGCACCAUCCGCUGGGCCUUCAUGCUGGCCAUCCUUAGUAUUGGAGACGCUCUCAUCCUCUCCUUCCUGGCUUUCGUGCUGGGCUAUCGACAGGACAAGCUCCUCCCUGAUGACUACAAGGCAGAUGGGAAAGAGGAAGUCUGACGUGACUGAGGCCUGGCGAGGCACACUUCGGGCAGGACAUUAUUUCCCUGGCAAAGAAAAUCAUAACUCAGAUCUUCAGAGAUGAAAACAUUCCCUCCAGCUUCCUGCUCCCAGAUCUUUCAGCCUGAGGCACAGAGUCCCAGGACAGGGUAGAACCCAUCAGUCUCCCGCUGCGCAGACAACUGUCCACAACAGACACCACCACAGAAGGUGCAGCAAUCCACAAGACGGCAGUCAGGGUUGAGUGGCUGAGGGUGCUUCCCCACAGAGACCUACGGCCUCUUCUCAGCCAGCGUUUCCCAUCAGCAGGCUACCUCACUCUUUGGUGACCUCUCUGCUGGACAUUAGGUUUAUGAUCCAUGUCUGUGGGUCAGCAGCGCCGCUUUGCCUUCCUUUGUUUUCAUAUUGCUGCCCAGAGAUGGAUGAGGAAUAGGGAGCAAACACAGGCUCAGGAAUUUCCCAAGUUCAGCUGGGCAGUGGUGGUGCGCGCCUUUAAUCUUACCACUUAGGCAAAGGCAGGCAGAUCUCUGUGAGUUCAAGGCCAACAUGAUCUACAAAGUGAGUUCCGGGACAGCCAGGGCUACACAGAGAAACCCUGCCUCAAAAAGCAAAACAAUAUAUAUGUUCCCUAAAAAGGCAUUCCCAAGUUCAAUCUGACUCCUCAUUGGAAUCAAAACUUGUAUUUCCCACAGUGCCCAGUGUCCCAGCCAGAUGGCUUCUGGCUUCAGAAAUUUGCCAUUUACCUAGAAAUAAAUUUCCACAGUACGAUCUAGCAUUCCUGUGAGAAACUUGGGAUUUGAAAAGCCUGCUGGGUGAUCUUCUGCCAGGGAACAGACAUAGCUGUGUGCUGAGCAGCCUUGUCAACUAGCUCAGAGCAGACAGGCUCUAGAGGGAGGAGCCAGGAGGAGGGUGUGACUCUUGCCCAGCAUGCACAAGGCCGCGGACCUGACCCCCAACACUGACAAGGCAGGGUGGUACACGCCUAUAAUGCCAGCAUGUGGUAGUGGCAGAACCAGUAGGAGUGCAAGGCCAUCUCUGAUGACAAAAAGUAUGAGGCCAGCCUAAACUACUUGAGACCCUGUCUCAAAAACCUAACAAAAUCUUCCUACACAACUAUCAGAUGUGGUGGAGUUUCCUUAAUUGUUAAGGCUGAAGAUCUCAAGGCUAGCCUGGGGUUGGGGAGCAGGUUACAUACAUCGACUGUGUCAAAAGUAAAAACCAGUCUCUGGAUGAGAUGAACUUGGACUCUUCAGUCUUUAUUGCCUUCACUAGUCACCACGCAAUGACACAUGGCCCAGAAGCCAGGGGCUCAGCACAACCCUGACCUGACUUGCAGCCCAGCAAAGCUGGUGGGAUCUUCAGACUGUUGACUUCCUCCUCCGCAGGAGGCCACUCAGGGAGCCUGCUUCCUCAGAAGGGCCCAAAGCCGAAAAAAGCCAUGCCUCUUCCUCCCCCAGUGUUUGAGCAGAUGCAUGUGUACAAACGUGCACCAGAGGCACGUGUGCUUGUUCAUACAGUGUCUCCACAUAGUAACUUGCUAUGCAGACCAGGCUGGUUUUGAACUCUGUGUCACCUGCCUGUCUCUGUGCUGGGAUUAAAAGUGUGCUAGCACGCCUUGCUUUCUCACUGAACCAGGAAUUUACUGGGUGAGCUUCAGCGAUGGGAUUAUAGCUGCCUGUCACACCAGGCUUGUGUGCGGGGAAUCCAAACUCAAUAAAGCGUCAUCCUCCCGG